GUUUCGUAACUUCCGGCUGAUUUUCUGUGGGCGGAGUCUGUGCUGUCUGUGGACAUGGCUUGCGCCGCCUCACGGUCCCCGGCGGACCAAGACAGGUUUAUUUGUAUCUAUCCUGCUUAUUUAAAUAAUAAGAAGACCAUCGCGGAGGGAAGGAGGAUCCCCAUAAGUAAGGCUGUUGAAAAUCCUACAGCUACAGAGAUUCAAGAUGUAUGCUCAGCAGUUGGACUUAAUGUGUUUGUUGAGAAAAAUAAAAUGUACUCUAGAGAAUGGAAUCGUGAUGUUCAAUACAGAGGCAGAGUCCGGGUCCAGCUCAGACAGGAAGAUGGCAGCCUCUGUCUUGUACAGUUCCCAUCACGUAAAUCAGUAAUGUUGUAUGCAGCAGAAAUGAUACCUAAGCUAAAAACAAGGACACAAAAAACAGGAGGUGGUGACCCAAGUCUUCAGCAAGGAGAGGGAAGUAAAAAAGGGAAAGGAAAGAAGAAGAAGUGAUCUGGUAUGAGCAUCAAGUAUGUGAUCCUGCUGUAAGAGAAAUGAAUGAAGAAGACUUCUUUGUAUCUGAGGGAAACAGCUUUUUGUUUUCAUCAUUUGACUGAACUGGGAACAUUUAUACCUCCCAUCUUCAUCAUCAGAGUUGACAAUGAAUGAAAUAAAUCAGAAGUUUGCAUCUAACAUUUGUACAGUAUAAAAGACAAGAUAUUUGUUGCUUUGGAGGUUUUAUUUUGUCUUUCAAUUAAGAGGUUUUGUGGAUAAAAGAAUAUUUUUAAAUGGCAGUAGACUGUCUCAUAAGUUACUUGAAAUCCUGUUUGUCCUCUAUGUAUGUCAGAUAAAUGCUUAAUAAGAUUUUAAAUACACAUUUUGUUCAUCUUUUAAGUUGAUGAAAUAAAAUUUUCAAACUGCCUAUGACUUUUGCUUAUGAAGCAAUUAAUGCCAGUAGAGGAGGCAUUAAGAGAGUAAAUAGGUAGUGUAAACUUGGACAAUGCGACCCUACAAGAGAAGAAAAUGGUAACUUCUUAUAGGGGGAGAUCAAUGAACAGUCUGUAAAUCAUUCUUUUAAUACUUUACAGUAAUCGUUCAGUUUCUGGGGGUUUUGUUUGUUUGUUUUUUCUGUAAUAUAGAAAGUCCUUACGCUUUAGAUUUGCUGAUUUUAUAUUAUCUUAAGGGCUGGGGUUAUAGCUCAGUGGUAGAGCACCUGUCUU